AACCCUAAAUCGAAAUAGUCUUCGUAAAGAAAAAUAAAAAGGGUUCAAGGUUGUUAUAUUGGAGUAUUUGCAACUUUACUGAAAAUUGCUGUUGCAUUCACUUAUAAUGUCCCUACAUAAUUAUACAUGUAGGAAAUAGUGCUUUUUUCUGCAACACUGUUUUUCUCUUUGUCUAAAGAAAAAACGUAAAGCUAACGCCUUCUCUAUGCUUUUUAUUAUCAUUCAAUCUACCUACAAGUGUUAAGCUACUCCCUCUUGCAAUACUUGAAUAUCUAGAGAGCCUUUAGCUACCCUUUUUUUUUCAUAUUUGAUUUGAUCCUUUCCUUCCUUGAUCAGCUUCAAUAUAUGCCUAUUAAAGCAAGCAUUUUGAUCUUUAUACCCUUUUUCGAUUUGUGUGUUUUGUGUCUUGUCCCUGAAGUAAUCCCUGAUAAGCCAAUCUUUCUCAAGUUUGGAGCUCCAUUUUAGUUACAUGAUGAAGAGAAGCCAUGAAAGAGAGAGGCAAAGCUGUGGAAGUGUACAACAACAAAAACAUUGAUUUUUUCCAAGACUAUAGCACUUCAUCGGAUGUUGUUCCAUGUAGGAAACAUCCACAAUCGUCUUCAGCUGGUGUAUGUGCGUAUUGUCUUAAGGAUCGUUUGAUCAACUUGGUUUGCUCCGACUGUGGUGAGCAACGCCUUUCGUCUUGCUCUUGCUCUGAAAUUGCCACCAACCCUCGAAAUUCAUGCGCCGGUGGUGAAGUGGGCAGCGUUGGUCGGGUCUCCUUCUUGAUAGAGAAUGAAAACAGCAGAGAUCAUCAAGUUUCAAACCCCAAGGCUAAAAGCACUAGUAGUGGAAAUAAUACUAAAUCAGAGGAUGUUAUCUUGCUCAAGAGAAGCAAUAGCAGCUGUGUGGAGAUCAAGAAAAAGAACGGGUUUUGGAGAAUUGGGAGGUUUUUCAAGAAGAAGAGGGACAAAGAGACUAACUGUGGGAAGAGUGCUUGUGGGGGUGAUGAGAAAAGUGAUUUGUGGGUGGUUGAUUACAUGGGGGUUUCAAGGUCAAGGUCUCUUUGCAGUUUCAGAGCGGGUGGGUUUUUUGGAUCAGAAGAUGGAAGUGACGUGAUGAACUUUUCAGGUGCUAGGAGCUCGAUUUCGGCUGCACGGAGUUCCGGCGUCAAUGGCGGUUUGCUCUUUGAUCCUGAGAGGAAAAGUGGGUUUAGUGAAGCAGAACCAAGGAGAAGUGGUUUUGAUAGUGAAAGAAGAGACAGUACAUUUAUGGAGUCCGAUAUUGCAGCCAUUAGGAAAAGUGGCAUGGGCGGCGGCAGUUUCAUGGAUGUUGAUGGGGGUUUUAGUGGUGCAAACAGGCGGGUCUUUUCUUUGAAAGAGAGUUAUUUUAAUGGUGGGGAUGAUUCGGGUUUCAUUGACUUAAAAUUUGAUUUUCAAGCAGAGUCUAAAGGGGAUAUUCCUAGUAUGAAGAAGGGUGGGGGUGUUUUGUCUGGUUUUGGCAGCAUGAGAGAAGGUAGUGAAUUUAUGCCAUAUAAAUCCUCUGGUGGUUCCGUUGAAAAUACACUGCCAAUGGCUGGAAAUGGAGCCUUAAGCAAUGGGAGUUCAUAUCAGAUGACAAUGGAAGAAAGAGGAAUAAAAAAGAAUAGAAGAAUAUUCAAGGGAUGGCGGUGGAUUUUCAAAGCACCAUCCAAAUUAGACCACUCCAGAGAAGACAAAUGAACACCAUCUCGCAUUUGAGUGUUUGAAACUUGAAUAGGUCAUCAUCAAUCUUUCAAAUUUCGGUCUAUGUUUUCCUUCUGUUCAUUUUCAUAUGUAUUUUUCUUCACAUACUUUACCAUUUCCCAACCUGUUUGUUUACCUUGCAAGUUUAUCAUAUCUGAAACAUGAUUUUAGAAAAGCUGUAGGAGAGAUCAACAUACAGAAAAUGUUGCAGAAAUGGAUGAUUAAAGGAACCAAAAAUAUUUUGUAUUUAUGAUGAGAUUUAUGGAACUAUGACUUACAAAUUGGCUAUCAAGCCUUGAAAGAA